AUGUAGUCUUCAUUUUAUACGACUUGAAAAAAAAAUAAAUUUCUUCGGUCUGUUCUAACCACAACCUGAAUUUCAGAUGCAUAUGGUCUGCAUAUUAAUAGGAGUUUGAAAUCAUCGAUGUGACUGAAUCUGCGCUCAAACCGCAAGGCUCUAACAUGAACAACGCACGUUCCAAAGGCGUUGUUAGAGGAGCGUCAUAUUCCCAUGCUGAUUCGAACAAAGCCUCGCAACAACCAUCACAGGCGGGACUAAGAGGAGGACGUUUGUCCCCAUUUAGUGCGUUGCCUCCCAUAAAACCGACGAAUACGUCGGGCAAUGUUGAUAGCACUUUUACAGGUGCUAAUGUGCAUUCAUUGUCGGGACCGUCCUCCAGUUCGGGAUCGGCGGCUGUCUCCGAUAUAAUUAGGUCAAAUAGGAAGACGCCCACUGUCAAGGCCAAGUUGCCAAUAACUGGACCUGGUAAAUCAAUCAAGUCGUCAUCGCAGUCCCAAAUUGGAAAAGCGCCCGUUGUGCGACCGGCUCCUAAUGCAGAACCCGUUCUCUCGGGCGCAUCUACAAGGAGCAAACGCCAUGCCGACUUACUACACAAACCAAAUAUUGCUAAUCAAGCUAAAAAUUCAGAUAUAAUUAGUUCUACGAAAACAACAAGUAGUAAGUCAUUUUCGAAUACAAACCAGACUGAUGAUGAAAAAGGUGAUGCUAAAAAGAUCAAAAUUUGCGUAAAGCUUCCAAGCUCUGGUCGCGAAAUUCUAUCAGUGGACUCUAAUGUUACCUUCCAGCAAAUUGUUGCGAUGCUGCAGAAGAAGAAACGCAAUUUCUCAAAUCCAGAGUUCAUUACGUGUGAUGUGCCAGCCAAUAGAGUAUCGGGGAAAAAAUUGGCUUCGAAACUGAUUGAUUUCGGGAUCGAUAAUAACUCUGUUUUGCACUGUGAUGAAUUACUGUAGAUUAGAAUUCGUUUAAAUUACUUUUGGAGCUAUUCGGAGUGCAAUUUACCAUUAUGUAAAUUGGCCUUUGUAAAUAAUUAGAAAACAGUAUGAAAUGUAAAAAAAAACAUUGAUUUAGCUAACUUAAUGAAA